AUUUUCAUUGAUAGUUCACUUUAACUUCAUAUAAUUUUUUUUAUAGAUUUAUGUUAAUUUAAAAAAAAUUUUCAAAAUAAAUAAACUUUUAAUUUUGAUUAGUUUGGUUUUUGAAUGCAAGCAAAAUUGUAAGCUUAGUUUUAUGCGAAAGCUAAUUAAUUAUGAGAAGAAUUUUAAGUUUUUAUAAGAAUACAAAAGUUAAAAAAGUGACUUAAACGGCUUAGGCAAAAUGAUAUCAUAUAGAGAAAAAGAUGUUGAUACUCUUGGUAAAAGAAAUACGUUUGGGACGGGAGCUAGCGGUGGAAUGAUAUUAUUUCAUAGUAAACAUUUGAACAAAAGUCUCGACGAAACUAAUAUCAACCAGCAGCCGGAAAAGAAGCCAUCGAUCUUAACAAUGAAGGAUGAGUGGACUACAUAUUCUUCGAUUGGAGUGCAGCGCAAAAUUCUGAAACAAAAUACUAAAAUAAUUAAAAAUUUUAUAAAUUCAUUGGCAGUUCCAUCGUGGUAUCGGGGAGUUUCGCUGUUUCAAAAGAAGUCGGCAGAUCUCUUACUAAAUGCAAUACGUGAUGACUGUGCUCAGCGUACGGUGUAUCGAACGAUGAGGUGCUUAGAUUCUAUAGGUUUAGAUCCCUUGCCAACAAAAAAGCAAUUACAUUCAAUUUUACCGCUUUGCGGAGGCAGUGAUUUGGCCCUUUUAUGGUUCUUGAUGGAAUGGUUAUAUCGAGACAAUGAAUCUGACUCAUAUAGUGUAAAUGAACAGUUGAUAUUGUCUAGUAUAGCUCAUUUGGAUAUGAACGCAACACUGCGAGAAUUAGAUCGUAUUUUGCCUCCAGGUCAAGCUCCAAAGAGUGAGAUUUUUCAAAGCAGCAGAAAGAAUUUCCCAAAUAGAAAAAAUAAUAGCAUAAAACCUAGCAGUGGAAAUAUACUGCCAUAUUUCGAAAAAUUGGGACGACCUAGAUUAAUGAAAAGUAGUUAUUUUGGCAGAGAAUUUAAUCGAAAAGAGAUUUUGCAAUCUGUCCAUCAACAAUUUAGUAGUUCCUCACAUCUAAUGACAAACGAAAGCUAUCGCGGGUUCCAAGGUUUCAACAAUAAUCACAAAGAAACAACAGUUCACAACUUGGCGAAAGAUGAAAUCACCAGAUUGUUAAAUAAUUUCGAAUCAGCCACGUUUAAUGAAGGCAAAAUCCAAACAGUAUACAGGCAGCAGGAAGAUAUUGAUUAUUUAACAAAUACUUUUAAUGCUCAAUUAAAUGCAAUUGCCAAAAUGAAAGUUCAGGAAAUGGAACAUAUUUUCGACAGAAAACAUCAAAGUUAUAAACGUAUUGUAAGCCGUCUUCAAUGCGAUAUAGAAAAGUACCGCCAUGAGUUUCGUGCAAUGGCUGAAAUCUGUCAUAAACAGUGUAACUUAAAACUAUCAUCCAAUACAGUUCGUGAAAAUAAACCAAACAUGGUCUCAACAUUGCAUUCAAACCAGGACGAUGGUUAUGGCGAACAACAAAAUAUUAACAGUACGUCUUCAUCGAACCGUAGAUACUCAUUUCAACGGUCUCCUGGUACUGAAUUUCCUGAUAAAUACGACUUUAGCUCUAAGACGUCUGAAAAUGACACAGACCCGAAAUAUUUUUUUAUCUCUCAGCAGCAGCCGCCUUUUAAAUUUGACUAUUGUAAAAUGUUCAAUUAUAAAGAAUUUAUAAAAGAAGAAGAUAGCGAUGGGCUCGAUGUUACGGCCAGCAAUUAUAUUCAUCAAAUUUGGGAACAGGAAUUGAGGAAACAUGAGGUAAUAGAGUUAACUAGUAGUCCAAAAGACAGAGUUCAACCAAGUAUAGUAGAUUACGGAUUGGAUUACUAUGAUCCAGAUGACGAUGAGCUAAUGGAUCGUAUGCUCAAAGACGCAAUAGAUAUUAUGAAAAAAGACCAUCGAUUUGUAUUUGCUGCAAUACCAGCUGCACAUCGUUUUCCUAUGCUUCGUGAAUGGAUUCGUUUGAGAUAUGGCAAGACGUAUAAAAAAAAUGAAAUGAUUAGAUCCUUCAAAGAAUCUCAGCCAAUAUUCUCAGCGUUAGCUAAGGUAGGAUUACCGGUGGAAUUGCCUUCUAAUGCCAAUAUGGGUACAGAUUUAAUAACGGAUUAUUCCUGUCGGGACUACGUUCUCAAAAAAUCAAACUACAUUCGCAACAAAUAUUACAGACGAAUCGAUAAAGCUAUUUUGGCUUUAUCCCGAGUAAUUUAUUUUGCAAUGCGCCCAUUAUUAUGUUGUAAUGGUUCGCCCAGCAAUACAAUAUUCGCGUAUAUGCCUGCACACAAACGUAAAAGUUAUCAUUUUCGCCCCUGGAAACCUGAAGAGUGUAUGAAACGCAGUGUUUGAAAAGUGGAUCUCACACAUCUGGCAGUUAACAAACAAGUCCACAAAAACAGUCAACAAAUUAGUAAAAAAAUGCAUAAUAUACAUAUAGAACAUUUUGCGAGAAAUAUUAAAAUAUGUAUAUGUAUUUGCUCUGUUCUAGUAUUAAUUAGAUUUGUAGUUUUUAAUUGAGUGCAAUAAUUAUACAUAUAUUGCAAAAACUUUAAACCUGAAAGUAUUGGAACAAAGCUAUUACAUAAUUACUGAGUCAAUGUACAUAAUUACUUCAUAAGGCAUAUAAACGGUUAAAAGUCUAUAAAGGUUUUUGGCAUUAAACUAAUGAUAUCCAUUCUUAGCCAAAUUUGAGUUGUAAUGUCUUAAGACAAUGUCGUUACCGAAACAAAUUCCAAAGCCCAGUAAGCAACGAUGAUGAUUUUGUAUGUUCAAGAUCAUUUGAUGUUCUUAGGGUACAAUUAUGGCGAAAUUGCUACUUAAAAGUGCAUUUAUGGUUUUAAUUGAAAAGUGUUAAUUGUUUUAGCACAUGCAACAUGUCCGUGUAAACAGAACUGUGCAAAACACGCAACCAUUUGGUGUUAUUUUUACACAUGUGAC